UCAUCUAAUAUCAUCUUGUCCCGGGCCCAGGGAAGGCUGUCAGCUGGCCUGGUCACCACUAAUAUAAGGCGAAGUCACCGUCACCCUGUUUUUCCAGAAGUUCAAGACAUCGAGUCAUCAGAUCUUUAAAUGCAGCAGAUACGUGACAGGCGGGCACAAGCUCAGCAGGAAACACGAUCACAGACAGACAGUGGACAAGACAGACAUGCAGAAGCAGGAAGGACUCUCAGCAGAACCAGUGCCCCGGGACAAGUUGUCAGUCAUUAAUGAUGAGGUAGAUAAAGUCAGCAAGAUAAUGAAGAGCAAUGUGGAAAAAAUGCUUGAUCACCAACUGAAGGCAGAAAACCUACUGACAAUAUCAGAGGAGCUGACAAUAGCAAGUCAAAAUCUCGACAGGACAACUAAGCAAGUGGAAAAGUCCUACAGAGGGAAGAAUGUCAAGCUGAUCAUAUUCAUCGUGGUGAUCGUCCUCGUCAUCGUCCUCAUUGUCGUCCUGCUGGCCACCGGAGUCAUUCCUGUCAGCGCCCCUCUGCCUCCUGUAGUCACAAACACCACCAAGCCCUAAACACACACAAACAUCCAUAUAAUGUACAAACAGAUACAACAGGUUGGAAAUAAACAUGUUCCUAUUGUGCAGCAUGCAAAACACUACUCACACAAACCACUACAAGGAUCCCAAUGGUCCUUACAAUGACAAAGUACUUAUACAGUCGUCCUCAAAUUUAUUCAUACCCUCCCAUUAAAGAAGGAAAAAAAACAGCUGUCACUGAAAUAAGUU